AAUCUGAAUCUGGAGAAAUGUCACUAUGGUGUUUGUGAGUCAUUGUACGCGUUAUAUAAAUGAAUAAUGUUUAUAUUAUUUGUAACCUGGUCUUUACUACUAGCGUAUAGGUAAAUAUAUUAAACAAUACUAUUAAAAAUGAUUGAAAUGGAGCCAGAAACCGUCUAUGGGACACAUGAAGAUUCUCAUGUUGUUAUGUCAGAGAAGGUCCAGUCCUUGGCUGGCAGUAUUUACCAAGAGUUUGAGAAAAUGAUUGGUAAAUACGACGAAGAUGUAGUGAAAGAUUUAAUGCCUCUUGUGGUGAACGUUUUAGAAUGUUUAGAUCUAUCCUAUACGGAAAACCAAGAACACGAAGUUGAACUCGAGUUACUGAGGGAGGAUAAUGAACAGCUUGUUACCCAGUAUGAAAGGGAGAAGCAAUUGAGGAAAACAGCAGAACAGAAACUACUGGAAGUGGAAGAUGCGACGGAGGAUGAAAGAAAAGACUUGACGGGGAAAAUCGAGAGUCUCGAGUCCAUCGUUAGGAUGCUGGAGCUGAAAGCUAAGAACUCUUCUGAUCAUGUAUACAGGUUAGAAGAGAAAGAACAGGAAAUGAAGAAGGAAUAUUCAAAACUGCAUGAACGAUAUACAGAACUGUUCAAGACCCAUAUGGACUACAUGGAGAGAACAAAAAUUAUCAUGGGCAACUCGGAAAGAAUAGAAGUCUCUGGUCGGAGUCGACUUGGGAACCUUGGAAUAUCCCAGCUUAACAGGUCAACGGGUCCAGUUUCGUUCGGUUUCCAGUCCCUGGAGCAGAGCGCUGUGUCACUACGACCUGCUGGUAGUCCAGGAGAGUUUUCUGGUGUUCCUGCCUCUCCUCCUGAGAGUAACCACUCUCUCACUAGUCUGCGUAAUGAACUACAGCCGCAGGAGAUGGAUGAGGAGCCGUCCAUGCAUGUGUCGGAGAAGGGAUGGUCCGAGACACUCAGUCCUGUGUCUAAGGAUGGCAGUCCAAUACAGGACUUGUCCGAAGACGCACCAGCCCCUCCUCCUGCUGUUACCACCCCCGUUGGCCGCUCUCAUACCAAACGAGAAACGCGGAGUGGCAACACCCUCUACCAGGAGCUCAGCUUCCAAGACGCAGAGGCCCUGGGUGAGAUGGACGAGGGAGCGGACAUCACAGGCAGUUGGGUGCACCCCGGGGAAUAUGCAUCUUCUGCAGAUAGUGACGAUGAGCCGGAACAAAGACCCACGGUUAACGACAAUUUCUUUGGAAUGGGAAAAGAGGUUGAAAAUCUCAUCAUGGAAAACAACGAGCUUCUUGCUACCAAAAAUGCCUUAAACAUUGUUAAGGACGACCUGAUAAUCCAGUUAGAUGAAUUAACAAGUGAACAAGAAAUUCUUAGAGAAGAACUGAAAUCAUUACAAACCUUAAAGACCAGACUGAAACAAAGGAUUACAGAGUUGGAAGAAGAAUUGAAGAAGACAAAAGAAGAGGCUGAGAAAUUAGCAAAAUCAAACAAAUCCGAUGAUGAGGAGGACGUGCCAAUGGCUCAGCGAAAGAGGUUUACAAGGGUAGAAAUGGCUCGGGUGUUGAUGGAACGGAACCAAUACAAGGAGAGGUUUAUGGAGCUGCAGGAGGCGGUACGGUGGACAGAGAUGAUCCGAGCAUCUCGCAGUGAACCAGGAACGGACAAGCCUAGCAAACAGAGUGUCUGGAAAUAUUUCAGCAAUCUGUUCAGCUCUAACGAGCGAGGAGGCAUUGCAGGUCCGAGGAAGCCUCUUCCAUAUGGCAACAUUCAUUACAAUGCACCGACCCACCACAUCAGUCCAGCGUUGGACACUAUGCGCAAACGCUCGAUGAACGACCGCAAACGAGGACUUGAUCUCAUAGACUCGGGAGACAUAUGCAGUGAGAAGGUGGCGGCGCGCAGAGCUACUGAGCGCAAGGAGCAGUACAGACAAGUGCGCGCUCAUGUGCGCAAAGAUGACGGCCGUCUACAGGCUUACGGCUGGUCUUUACCUGCCAAGGCCCCGCAGAGGUCUAUAAUGCCCCCGCCAGGCUCAUCAGCCCCGCAGGUACCAGUGCCUGUUCCUGUCUAUUGUCGACCACUCACUGAGAAAGAACCUGGCAUGAAGAUCUGGUGUGCGACUGGAGUGAACUUAGCCGGAGGUAGGACUAGAGACGGAGGCAACAUUGUUGGGGCCAGUGUCUUCUACUCCAACAGUCACGGGGAGGAGAAGGAGGGGGAAGAUGUCCAGAAGGAUGACAACCCAGUAGACCAACUCGACAGAGAGCUCAAGGAGGGUGAGAGAGAGCGUCAAGACAAUGAGCAGGUGUUGUCCUCCCUGGUGUGGAUCUGUACAAGCACUCACUCAGUCAGUAGGGUAACUGUGAUAGAUGCCAACAACCCAGCUGAUAUACUAGAGUCAUUCAAUGUCUGCCAGUCCUACCUGCUGUGUAUAGCCAGUGUCCCAGGUGCCUUGCCAAGUGACUACCUCAGCUCAGACGAGCCCGAGGUGCCAGAGACCAGCGUGGAGGUGCCUGCGACCACUGAGACAACCGACACUGAGGAGCCCAAGGAUGGGGAUGGGGAGACGGAGCCCUCGGAGCCCAAGAUCGGACAGAUCACGUUUGUCAGUUGCGCCACAGGCAGUGACGAUGUUACCACUCUACCUCCCGUCUCUGAACAUACUUCACAGGACAACAUCAACAAUGAUUCCGUGACACCCCAACAUCAGCUGGUGAAUAAUUUGAAAGAUGAACUGAUAAAAGACAGUUUAACAGCUGGAAGUGCAGAAGAAUGUGAAGUAUCUCCGACACCCUCGCGAAGACUCCUGAAGGACCUCAAAGAAGGACUGUUGAAGGACGGGAUUGCCAACACCCCUAAUGAGAACGGGUUGGCCAAUGAGCAGUUAGAGAAGAUGAGCUCAGUUCUGCCAACCGUGUGGCUCGGCUCACAAAACGGCUCAGUGUUCGUCCAUUCAGCUGUGUCUCAAUGGAGAAGAUGUCUGCAUUCUAUCAAGCUAAAAGACUCUGUGCUCAGUAUAGUGCAUGUCAGUGGUCGAGUGUUGUGUGCUCUUGCUGAUGGCACUGUGGCAGUGUUCAGGAGAGGGCUGGAUGGUCAAUGGGACCUCAGCAAGUACCAUCUGGUAAACCUAGGACCUCCUCAACAUUCUAUCCGUUGUCUAGUCUCUGUCCACAACAAGGUUUGGUGUGGCUACAAGAACAUGAUACAUGUCCUCGACCCCAAGACAUUGGCUGUGCAGACAUCUAUUUACGCACAUCCUCGCAAGGAGAGCCAAGUUAGACAGAUGUCCUGGGUAGGUGAUGGAGUGUGGGUGUCUAUACGUCUAGACUCUACGUUGCGGCUGUACCAUGCUCACACCUACAAGCACCUGCAGGACGUCGACAUUGAACCAUAUGUCAGCAAGAUGCUCGGCACUGGUAAGCUGGGUUUCUCGUUUGUCCGAAUCACUGCUCUCCUCAUCUCCUCCAAUAGAUUGUGGAUCGGAACUGGCAAUGGUGUUAUCAUCUCUGUGCCACUCUCAGAGAGCGCUGGUGGGGCAGGAGCCGUGGUAGGCAGUGGAGGGGGUAGGAUGCCGGGAGGGGUUGUACGAGUGUUUGCUGACUCCACCACAGACAAGAUCACCCCCGGCAGCUUCAUACCUUAUUGCUCCAUGGCACAGGCACAACUGUCGUUCCACGGACACAGAGACGCAGUCAAGUUCUUUGUAGCCGUGCCAGGCUGCGGAGGUCUGUCAGCUGCCUCAACGCAGGUUCCAGACUCUCCCACAGUCGACCACGCAGAUCCUGACAAGCCUACCUCCAUGCUGGUCAUGUCCGGAGGCGAAGGAUACAUCGACUUCCGCAUCGGCAAUCCGGAUCAUCAAAACUCAAAUAUUUCAAAUGAAGUAGAUCUCUUCCCCAAGCGUGACGGAGAAGAAGGGGAAGAAGAGGUAGCAGAAGAUCCUCAAAAUCAGCUGAUGCAACUCAACAAAGUGGAGAAAAGUCACCUGAUCGUGUGGCAAGUAACUCUUCCUCACUGAGAACGCGACUAAAUCAAAGGAAAAACACACCGAUCAAUCUAGAGUCCUACGGAGGGAAUCAGUUUGAUCAUUUACUGAAAUCAUGUCUAGCUUUACAUUCAUCAAUCAAUUUUAAUUUGUCAAUAAUUGUAAAUAACAGAAACAUCGGGUGAUAUGCAAGAUGCUCCGUAGUAAAACUAAACGUGUUAUUAUUUAUUAUGUUGGUUUAUUUUGUUAUAGAAAAUAUAUUGUGGAUAUUAUUAAUUUUAAUUGUAAUUGUUCUUAUUUAUUAAUGCAAUAUAUUGUAUAUAUGUUUUUAGAGUGACUUUUAAAGUUGGUAUUUUUUAUUUAUACUGAAAAUAUUUGUGGAUCAAUUAGUCAACAAAGUGUUAGUAUGUUUGAUUUUUGAUUGAACAAUGAUGUUUUCAAUGAAUUUUUGUUCGUGGAGAUUGUCAUAGUUAAGAUGCCUAGUUUGUUAUUAAAUAAAAAAAUUGUAUGUUACGAAAUUAACGAUACUCAAAUACAAAUACAUACAUUUUGUAUACAGUCAGCCAUUAGACAACAGCUGUGUUAAUUGGUGUCGUGCAAUGUAAAAUAUAAACAUUGCAUAUUUGUAUGUAAAAGCUUGAGCACAGUGUACAUUACAAAUGUAUAAACAUUUAGUAGUUUUGUAACUUGAGGUUUGAUUAGUUAUAGAUUAAGUUUGUCCAAUUGUUUUUAUAGUAGUUUUUUUCUGUACUAAAUUAUAAAUAAUUCACCUUUUUAAAAACAGUAACAAUAGUAAUCCUUAGUAACAAAUUUUACGUAUACCAAGUUAAUGUUAUGCUUGCAGUAUGCUCAAGGUAGAGGCUCUUUAAACAGUUUUAUAACAUUUACCAAGAUUUAACCUUUUAAUUGUGAUAAUGAUGUACCUUGCUUGGUAUGAUUUUAAGGAUUCGCCAAAGACAUAAUGUUUACUUUUACUUAUGUAAGCAGUCCUUAUAUAGAUUGUACAAAUAAAUGAAUUUUUAACAAAA